GAAGUACAGUUCCAUCAAUAAUCCAAACUCAUGGACCAUCGUCUGUAAAAACUUAUACUGAAGCAUUAGAAGACGGCAUUGUUGAGGUGAACCUUGGAACGAUUAAGGUGAUAGGACAAGAAAGAGCGGGUAAAACCUGCCUCAUAAAUUCCUGCCUUGGUAAAAAAUUUAACCAAGAUGAAGAAAUUACAGAUGGAAUAGCAACCACUAAGAUUAUAACCAGGACAACCAAUAAAACUGACGUAUGGAGUGAAAAUCUUACUAACGUUGGUAAUGCUACUGAAAGCUAUGAGAGGUCAAUGGCAGAGACAGUUUUUAUGAAAACAGUAGACAACUAUGGCUCUGUUGGAGAAAUGUUUUUUGAUUAUAGUAAAUCUAUUAAAGAAGCAUCAUCAGAAAAAGGAAAAACUAUACAUGAGACACCAAAUGAAAACCUGCAGGUUACCAGUGUAAUCACAAACACAGAUUUACAACUGAAUGAAGGACCACCAAAAACCGAAUCUUUGCCAUUGUCAAUUCGUGAAAAGAUUGUCGAAUGUGUUGGUGAAGGAAUGUAUUACAAAAAAGAAUUGGUAAAAUGGCAUAGGAUCAGCAAGGACACAUUUAACAUCUGGGAUUAUGGGGGCCAGGUAAUCUACCAUGGAAUUCAUCGGAUCUUCAUGACAUCAAUGGCAGUUUACAUCGUCGUGUUUAACCUUAACGUCAAUCUGGAUGACAAGGCCGUUGUAAUGGAUUCAUCAGGGCAAAAGCGCACUCACCACCUGACAAACCUUGAGUUCAUAUUAUAUUGGAUUUUGUCAGCGUACAUUCACAGUCGUGAGUUAAAAGUUGACCUGAAGCUACAGAUUGCAUUACCAGCUAUUGUCCUCGUGGGUACCCACCGAGACUCCCUUGGAUCCACUGAACAGGAAAGGAUAAGCAAGGUAAAGGAAGCGUUCGACAAAAUAGAAAAGGCGCUGAUGGGUAAACCAUACGAAAAGCAUGUGUACACAGAAUACUUUGACAUCGAAAAUAAUCGUUCAGAAGUAGAUGGCAAUAUUGCUAAGCUGAAGAAAGUGCUUGAUCAUCUCAUGACAGCAUUGGACAAGCCCAUUCCGUUGAAAUGGAUGCGCUUCCGUAGCGAAAUUCAUAAGUUAAAGGAUACAACAGUAGUCUGUCCUUUGAAAAAGGUGAAAGAAUUGGCUGCCAAGUUUGGAAUAAACGAGGAAAAUCAACAAAGUGUCCUAUUGAACUUCUUGUAUGACCUUGGCGAAAUCAUAUACAUGCCUGACAACAAGGUUUUACAAGAGUACGUGGUAUUGAAUCCAAUGCAUUUUGUUGAAAUGGUUACAACAGUCAUAACUGUGAAACAACCCAACUUGGAGUCAGCCCUGUAUAAAGACCUCUACAGAAAACUUAACGAGGGUAUAUUAGAGGAGCCGUUGUUCAAGAAGCUUUUGGAAGAUCGUGGUGUUGAUUCUUUCAACAAUGCAAGUUCUUUGGAUGCUUUUUAUCCAGCAUUUAAACAUGGUUUAUAG